ACGAAAGUGGGUAUGACGAUGAGCGAUUCCAACAUCCAGUUGGUCAGAGCUUUCACUGUGGUAUUUGCUACAAUGUCAUCAAAGAUCCAGUCAUGUGUCGACAUAAUGAACACUUGUUCUGUAGAAGUUGCAUCACCAGACAUCUCAUGAACUCUCAGACAUGUCCAACAUGCAUUGAGCCACUUACUGUUGACACCUUGACUCGAGCAUCGCGUACCGUAACCAAUUUACUGUCGGAAUUAAAGAUUCGAUGUGAAUUCUUCAAUCGUGGUUGUGAAACAUUUGUGGAGUUAGGAGAUCUUCAAAGGCAUCUUGGGGACUGUGGGUUCGCCCCAGUAGUCUGCUCGAAUGAAGGCUGUGGUCAGAAGGUGAAUAAGCAAGGUUUAUUGCAUCACGAGACAGCCGUGUGUAAAUUUCGCCGUGUGAAAUGUCCAAGCUGCAAUGAAAUCAGCCAAGAGAUGGAUGUGAUUAAGGGCAAUUUGGCUUUUAUGAAGCUCAUGUUGAAUCACUUUGGCAAAGUCCUGGAAAAAAAUGAGAUGAAAUUGAAUAGAAACGUUGAGAUGCUUCAAAAACAACUCAACAAGCAGGAGGAAAACAAUCGUCGGUUAGAAGCGGACAAUGUAGAAAUGAAGAAAAAGAGAAAAUGGCACAACAAUUGGAAAGAUUGACCCAGCAGCGAGAAGAUCUAAAGAAAAGUUCCGCAGAAGCUGUUGAACCGGACAGAAAGCCGAGGAUUAUCGUUGCCGGGGGAUAUAACGGUGGGAGUUUAAAUUCUGUGGAAAUGUUCAGCUACUCAAAUGGAAAGUGGUUACCACUACAACCAAUGAAACAGCCCCGUCGUUUGGCACCGUCUGUCGUUUACAACAAUCAAAUGCUUGUCAGUGGAGGUUUUAGCAAUCGUAAGGCAGUAAAGUCGAUGGAAAAAUUAUCGUUGAAAUAUGUCCAUGUAAACGAGUCCAUAUUUUGGGAAGAUGAUCCUGCAGAGUUACACAGGCCCUUGUAUGGACACUCCAGUGUUAUGUAUAAUGGGCGGUUGAUAGUCAUUGGAGGUUAUGAUGGAACUGCAUUUACACCUGCUAACAUUACUGAGAUAACUCUUGUUCCUCCUUACACCAGUAAAGUGUUGGCUACCCUGCCAGAGAGUAGAUGGCAACAUGGGGCUAUCUUGUUUGGUAACACAAUCGCAAUUCUUGGCGGAAGAAAAGUUUGGGAAGGUUCGUCGAAUCUAGAAAGCGUUUUGUCUUAUGAUAUUGUCAAGAAUGAAUGUCGUCAUUUAGCACCAUUGCCUUAUCCUAUGCAUGGAAUGGCCACUGUCAAGUGGGGUGAUGACGAAGUGAUUUUAAUCGGAGGCAGCGACUAUAGCGGUAAGUUAUUGAACAAAGUACUAAUAUAUAACAUGAAGACUGAGAAGAGCCAUAUGUUACCAGACAUGAAGUAUAAGAGGAGAGGAUGUGCUGCCGCAGUCGUUGGUGACACUGUGGUUGUCAUGGGGGGACAAGAUGAAAGAGGAAACUCUUUAAAGUCUGUCGAAAGUUUCAGGUUCGAUUCAUGCACCUGGGAAGAACUUCCGGAAAUGCAAGAAGCAAGAUACGGAGCUACAACAGUUGUGUGUUAAUCAUGUCCUGUAUAAAUUUAACAUUUUAUAUCAUUUAAAUGUAUAGUACCGUAUAUUGACAUUUGAUUUCCAAGAACAAUGAAACAGUUUAUAACAUUGAUCCAGUUUAUACUCCUGCAUGCUGGUGAAGUAAAUGGAUCGAUUAAUAAUUUACAGACAAAGUAUACUAGUGGUGUUUGUAAUUGAUUAAAACUAGCGCAUUUUCGUUACAUGUAUGUAAAGGAUAGAACGAAAGGCAUGAGCGUUCAGGUUAUCAAGAUUUGAUAUUCUGCAUGGAGCCGCUUUUACGAAGGUCGGAUAGUAAUAUCCACCAAACAGUGUUUUUUUACUAUCGCUCUAAAAUUGCUCCUGUUUUGCUAAAAUUUGAAUUAAACCUUCCUAC